GUGCACUUCAACGGUCGGAGUGUAGUAGACAUAAUAUAAUAGUAGAAACAUGUUCAUCUUAAGUUAAUUAAUCUUUAUUAAUUAACUGAACGACUUUUGAGGCAAUAAUAAAUAAUUUAAAUAAAAAAUUUAUUUCACCUGCAGAUGAGGAUACAUUACACUAAAAAAUGGAUCCUCCUAAAAAACCAAAGUAUUAUAAAAUGCAUUUGGAUCCAAGCUAUUGUGCGGAAAUGGUUUGUGAAAAGACUCACAAAGCAUGGGAAAAAUCUUAUCAAGAGAACUUGAAAAAAUCUAAUAAUGAAGAAAAAGCAAUGCAAACUAGUGCAACAGAUGACCUACAGGCACAGUGCAGUUCAUUCAUGGAGAGUCCUGAAGAAUGGAAUGAACAAGAAAUUGAAGAAUCUCAGGAAACAGAAAAAAAUUUUGAAAAUUACGAAUAUGAUUACGAAUGUGAUGAUUAUGAUAAAAAUGACGAGAAUUUAAUCGAGGAGACGAUAGGAUCAACAGAAGAUUUUCCUAGUAUUUUUAACUCGAGAAUCAUAGAAGGCGCAUCGUUUGAAACUGAUUCAUCGUCGACUUUUCCAGAUGGGGAUAAAGUAAUGUUUGUCGAAUCAAAAAUUACGGUAAAUAAUGUAGUCGAGAUGGUAGUAGCUUAUGGUGUAAAAUAUGGCCUUACUCAGAAAGCUAGAGAAUCUUUAAUUGAAAUGUUAAAAAUUUUUGCGGGACCAAACUUUAAAGAUUUCAAGAUAUCUAAUUAUAAAUUAGCACAAGUGUUUAAUGCACCAUCUGAUAAAAUUUCCUAUCACUUUUACUGUCAUCAUUGUCCCAAAAAAGAUAAACUAUUGCACUCUUCUUACAAACAAGACAUUAAAGGUCAGAAAAAAAAAUGUGAAACAUGUAAUAAAGAGAAUAUUAUUAGCUUAGGUUAUCCUAAUUUUUUUGUCCACGUAAACUUAAAAUAUCAAUUGGAAAUGUUACUUCAAAACAAAGAAGUUGCUGAUGCUGUUCAUCUUAGCAUUAAAAAUAAUACAAAAAACACUUUACAAAAUGAUAUCCACGAUAUUCAAGAUUCUGAAUUGUAUAAAGAAACAACUCAAUCAAAACCAAAUACUUUGACUUAUACUAUUAGCACAGAUGGGGCACCUCUUUUCCAUAUAUCCAAAAGAGGUUUUUGGCCUUUACAGAUACUGUUAAAUUUUCUUCCUAUAAACAUUCGCUUCAAAUAUAUCUUGCUCUGCGGUAUUAUGGUUCUUCUUUCAGAACCGAAGCCCGAUCUUAUGAACCUCUUUAUAAGUACGUUCAAUGAUCAAGCUUUUCUCCUUUUUUCGGAAGGCAUGCGAGUAAAACUUCCGGGUGACGUGGAUCUAAUAACAUUAAUAUUCUCUCCGUUAAGUGUUGUAGCUGAUUCAAUUGCUCGUCCUAUAUUACAAUUUAGAUUUCAGUUUAACGCUUACUGCAGUUGUAGUUAUUGUUAUCAUCCUGGUAGAUAUAUUAAAAAAGCUAGUGGGAUUAGAUUUCCUUUUUUGGAAGAGGAACCAAAACUACGAUCUAAUAAGUCUCAUUCGAAUGAUGUACAAUACGUUAAAGAUUACGGCACACAUUAUCGAGGAGUAAAGGGAGAAUCUGCCUUUUGUCAUACACCGAAUCUUGAUAUGGUUCGGGGCUUUCCGCUUGAUUAUUUACAUAAUUCACUUUUGGGAGUAACGGAGCAAUUGUGGAAUAUUUGGAACAAAAAUGUUUUUUCUCCAGAGGAUAGAAAAAAUAUUGAUGAAGAAAUCCUUCGUAUAAAACCUCCAAGAGACUUGCAUAGACUUCCUGAAAAAAUAUCAAAGAAAUCUUUAUGGAAGGCUACCCACUGGAAAUCGUGGCUACUUUUUUUUAGCUUACCAAUAUUGUCGAAAUAUUUACCAAAUGAAUUGUUAGAACAUUAUGCACUGUUUAUUAAUUCGAUUCACACUUUAUUAAAAACUAAAAUUACCAAGAAAGAACUUGACCAAUGCGAAGAAAAUUUAUUAGUUUUCGUUGCGAAUUAUCACUAUCUGUAUCAUGAAGAAAAAAUGACUUUUAAUGUGCAUAUUGUCCUGCACAUUGUUCAAUCUGUGAAAAAGUCUGGUCCUCUUUGGGCUACAUCUGCGUUCCCUUUUGAGAAUAACAUUUACAACUUGAAACAAAUGAUAAACGGUCCAAAAAGUGUAGAGCAGCAAAUAGCUAAUAAAUCUCUCGUCCAAUUGCGUUAUCAAUUAACACCACGUAAUCCUUAUUUGCUAGAUAAAGUCAGUGAAUACUGUCAAAACCUUUUUACUACAAAAACAUGUACAUUAUCUUCCACAAAAAUAGGCGACAUAACUCUUUUUGGACCUAGUCUAAGAAAUAAAUUUCAAGUAGAACAAGAAUACGAAAGAUGUGUUAUCGAGAACUGCGUUUAUAGUAGUUUAGAAUAUCUUCGUUCCAAAAAAUUUGAUGACACAGUUUUCGUUGCUAAAAAUAAUAAAAUUUUUCAAAUCACAAAAAUUGUGGUUACUUCUGAAAAAAAUAUCAACUUUGAAGUAAGGGAAUUAAUUCUAGAACCAUUUUUAAUUGGUAAUACAUUAGUUUCACAUAUUUUUCACGUUAAACAUAAUGUACAGCAUGCACCAAUUUCUGUAUCGGAAGUUAAAGGAAAAGUUGUUGUUCUGGAAUUAGAAAAAAGUAAUUAUGUGUGCCUCAUUCCAAACACAAUUGAGGCACAAUAGUUUAAUUUAAAAUAAUUUUAAAUUAAUGACUUUGUGAGUUUUAAAUUGAUUGUAUACGUAAUGAUUUUGAAUAACUUAUUUUGCGAAUUUGAAACUUAUUGUAUUUUUA